AUGUGGACUGCCGUUCUUUUUACUUUGCUCGUAGCAGGAGCUACGGCUGAGUAUGGAUGGAAACCAAAUUCAGAAUACCGUUACGAAGUUACCACAAAAACUUUUGCUUCUUUGCAUCAAAUUUCCAAUCAAUACACUGGAGUGUUGUUAAACGCUCAAUUGAAAGUUGUACCAAAAACUGAUAGUCAUUUGGUUGUUACAUUAAAUCAACCGAGAUACUCUGAAGUUCACACAACUCUUCAACAUGGUGUCGAAACUCAAAUCCCAGAAGGUCAAUUGCAAUACAAACCUUUGACUUUCACCACUGAGCCAUUUGAAGUGAAAUUGAACAAGGGAGUCGUAAAAGAAUUGAUUAUUAGCAGAAGUGUUCCCGUUUGGGAAGUUAACGUCAUUCGCUCCAUUGUAAGUCAACUUCAAGUUGAUACUCAAGGAGUUAAAGCCAUUUCUUCUAAACUCAAUUCUAUUCCUACCGGAGAUGAAAACACCGCCGUUUACAAAGUUAUGGAAGACACGGUUGAAGGAGAAUGUGAAGUUCUUUACGAUAUUACUCCUUUGCCUAAAUACAUUUUGCAAACCAUGCCUCAACUUGCUCCUCAACCACAACUUGCUGGACAAGGUCAAAUUAUUGACGUCAUGAAAAGCAGAAACUUUAGCAACUGCGAACACAGACCAGGAUACCACUUUGGUCUCACCGGAUUGACCGAUUGGGAACCAACCGUUAAUCAACUCGGUGAUUUCUUGGCACGUUCCUCCGUGAGCCGUGUUAUUAUCUCUGGAAGUCUCAAAAGUUACACCAUUCAAUCUUCAGUAACAACCAACAAAGUUAUUCUCAGCCCUGAAGUUUACAACAACCAAAAAGGCGAAAUUGUUUCCCGUGUAAACCUUACCCUUACUUCAGUUCACUCUGCAACCGGAAACGUUCCUACCACUCAAAAUCCUCAAUCUUUGAAAAAACUCGUUUAUGAUUACAACUCUCCCUGGACCACCGACGCCGAAGCUCGUUCCAAAUGGGACAAAAGAAUCAUGACCAAAUCUGGAAAAAUGAGAGGAAUCGAUAACAUUAUCAGAAGUGGACGUUCCAUUGUCACCAAUACCGCUAGUGGAUUGCACGGUCAUCUCGGAACUGGAUUUGAUGGUACCGAAGAAUGGCAUCAAAAAACUCCUUUAAUAACCGAAGCACCAGAAUGCCCUUUUCUUCCCUACUUCGUGGGAAUGGCUGGACAAUCUGUAGCCACAAAACCUUCCAUUAACAUUCAACAAGUUGCUAAAAAACUCGCUGAAGAAAUUGGAACCCAAUUGCAAGAUGGAACUCAAGUUCCCAAAGAAAACACCCUCGCUCGUUUCUCCAUCUUAACCAGAGUUAUUCGUACCAUGAAUGCUCAACAAUUAGAAAAAACCGCUCAAGAAUUGUACGUUCCCGCAGAAGGAACAACCGGUGGUAAAACAACCGGAGGAUGGGUGACUGACCCUCGCAGAAACGCCUGGAUGGCUUUCCGUGAUGCUGUCGUACAAGCUGGAACUGGCCCCGCUCUUUUAACCAUUGUUAGUUUAAUAACCACCCAUAAAAUUAAAGGAGAAGAAGCUGCUCAAGUCGUUGGAUCUUUGGCCAACACUGCCAGAUUCCCAACUACAGAAUACUUGCAAACUUUCUUCGACUUGGUCAAACAUCCCGAAGUAACAUCACAAUACAACGUUUACAACUCUGCUCUUUUCGCAUUUACAAACCUUGUACGUAUGGCUCAAGUAAAUGCCAGAACUGCUCACAACCGUUACCCAGUUCAUGCUUUUGGUUAUUUGACUCCUAAACACGAAACCAUGGUCACCGAAACUUACAUUCCUUACUUGGCCAAACAAUUAGAACAAGCCGUUAGAGAAGGUCAAAGUACAAAAAUUCAAACUUUUGUCAGAGCUCUCGGAAACAUUGGUCACCCCAAAAUUGUAGAAAUUUUCGAACCAUACCUUAAUGGAAAAACACCAGUUACCGACUUCCAACGUACAUUGAUGGUUGUCUCAUUGAAUAAAUUAGCUGUCGUUCACCCCGAAUUAGCUAGAUCCGUUUUGUACAAGACUUAUGCCAACACCGGUGAAGUUUACCAAGUUCGUGUUGCUGCCGUUUACAACUUGAUGAAGACCGUUCCACCAGCAUCUAUGCUUCAACGUAUGGCUCAAUUCACUCACGAAGAUCCAAGUAACCAAGUUCGUUCAGCUGUCAAAUCAGCCAUUGCAUCAGCAGCCGUUUUGAGCGAAGAAAGCGACAGCGAACUCCGUAAGAAUGCUGAAGCCGCCGUAAACCUUUUGACACCACAAACAUUCGGUGUACAAUACUCUCACCAUAACUUGACCGACUACAUUGUUAAAGGAUUGAACCUUGUUUACUUACAAACCGUAAGCAACAUCGGAAGUGAAGACAGUUUAAUUCCUCAAACUAUCUUUUUCCACUUAAACCGUAACUUGAACGGAUUUAAACAACAACGUGUCAGUGCUGGAGGUAUGGUAUCAAGCUUUAAAGAUUUAGGAGAUCUUUUGGAAGAAAAAAUCAAAAACGUACACUACUUGGAAUCUAACAGAAAUGUUCAAGGUCCAACCGAAAAAGGAUUCACCGUUGAAACCAUAACCAACUUGCUUAACAUGGAAGGAGGUUUAACUAAACAAUUAGAAGGAAACUUGUUGAUUGGAAUGACUGGAUUUUCAAGAUUUUUCACAUUCGAUAAUCAAACCAUUCAAAAAGUACCAACUUAUUUGAAAAAAUUGACCGAAACGUUGAAAAACGGAAGAGCCAUCAACUACCAAAAAUUAUACAACGAAUACUCAGUAACCAUUGGUUUACCAACCGCCACCGGUUUGCCAUUAGUUUACACCUUGAACACACCAACUUUGUUAGGCGCUAAGGGAAUGUUUUCAGCAAAUGUCCCCACCACCAAGCAAACAAAAGAUGGAGUUUUUGUUUUGCCCGACUAUGUUAACACCACCACUCAAAUGCACAUCACUUACACCACUCGCACCCAAAGCAAAAUUACUUUUAUUACUCCAUUCAACCAAAAACGUUACGUUGCCGGUUACGACAAGAACACCCAAUUUGAAGUACCAAUCAAAAAACAAUUCAACUUGGACCUUAAAAACCAUCACGUUAAAGUUGAAGUUGCUCCAGUUAAAGAAAACACCGACACAAAAUUGUUCCAUUACAGUACUUGGCCCUACGUUGCCGUUGACAACAUUGUUGAAUUCAAACCAUUGGCUGAAAGUUCUAUCAUUCACCGCGUACAAAGUCACCCACUUCAAAAAUUCCAACAUAUGUUGGGAGACAAAGAAAUCGGUGUUGUUUUCCGUUUGGAAGGACAAUCAGACAAAAACUACGUUGACUUAAGCAAAUUCUACCAAAAAUUCCUUAAACACGGAUUUGUUCCAACUCUUUUAGCUUCCACAUCAACCGAAAAUAUCGAACACACAACUCUUGAUUUGUAUUACGAUGGACAAAAAUCAACUGCUAAAAAAGUUAUCUUAACUGGUUCAUACCAAUAUUCUCCAGUUGAAACUACCACCUCCACCACCACCGAAGGUUCAAUUCGUACAACUGAAAACGGUGCCGUCACAGGUACAAAAACCGUUGACAGCCAAGUCAGAAAGAAUGAAUUAUUGCAAAAAGUCAAACAAGGAAUUAAAAGUAGUUCAGCUGUAGUUGUCGACAUGGGAAUUCAAGUUGAAGGACAAACCAAAACUGAAUUCCUUGCCACAGUAGCUGUCUCUACCAGUCCCGUCGAUGGUCAAACCAGAGUUUUGGGUUACGGUCGCAAGAACGUUAACAGUAAAAACUUUGAAGUUUGUUUGGACGUAGCUAGCGUCAUUCCAAAAGUUUCCGUUGUCGACUUCACCAAGAUCCUCGAAACAGACUUGAAAGGUGACAUUUAUGGAAAACUUUUGUUCGGAGAACAAUGCCAAACAGGAUCAAAAGUAUCCGUCGUUGGAGAACUCAAACGUACCCAAGAAAGAAAAGAAUACUUGGAAGGUCAACCAAUUGUUAAACAAGCCAAAAUAGAAAAAUCAUCCGGAUACAAUUUGCAACCAUCUCAAACUCACGCUUCCAAGGAAGCCGGAAUCUUCGAUGACUACACUUUUGUCGUCAAAUACGAAAACGUACCUGAAACCGUCAAAAACAUUACUUACAAAACUUACAAAGCUCUUCAAUACUUCGGAUACCCAUUCUUGACCGAAAAUGUUGUUGGUCAAACCAAUCUUCAAGAAGGUCAAGUUGAAUUAGGAGUUAACUUUACACCUGACCUUAAGGCUCUCAACCUUUACAUCUACUCUCCUCUUGGAGAUUCUAGAUUUAGUAACGUUCACUUAAAUCCUUUGGUUACCAAGGGUUUGACCAUUCAUCCAAUGUACACAACCAUCGAAAGAAUUGCUAACGUUGCUUUCAACGAAAAAUACCAAGCCAGUUGUACCGUUGACCAAACUAACUUUAGAACAUUUGACAACAAAUCAUACUCUGUCAAUUUGGAAAAAGUAUGGCACGUCAUGUUGUUCUCAGAUUUGAAAGGAACUUACGAAACUCCUGUCACCGAUGACGUAACUCAAACCACCGACUACGUCAUUGCUUUGGUCAAAAAUAACGCAGACAAACAAAAAGUUCUUAAGAUUGUUGUUAAAGGAAUGGAAUACACCGUUUUAGACGUCGUUCCAACUCCAACUGGAGAACUCCUCAAGGGAACCGUUAAAAUCAACGGCCAAGAAAUCCCUGUUUCUAGUCAACACGUUUACGAAUACAAGGCUAGCGACAAGAUAACCGUUCUUCAAGUUUACGGAUUACCAACCGGAGAAGUUAAAAUCGUAUCUCCUGUUUACAAAUUCGCCAUUUUGUACUACGGAGAAACCGCACGCAUCACCGUUAACCACGACUACAUGAACCAAGUUAAAGGUCUCUGCGGAACCAACAACGGUGACAACUUUGACUUUAUAACUCCUCAACAAUACGUACUUCGCAACCCAGAAGAAUUUGCUGCCACUUGGGCACUUUCAAGCGAAGGAUACACCGGCGAAUUGAAAUCUCGCGCCAUUAAACACUCAAUGUUUAAAAAAUCUGUUAACAUGACUCCAGUCAUCAGCGAACAAGACCUUACUCACAUCGCUAUGCACAGAGCUCAAUACCCAACAACAACCGGUACAAUCAAAUCAGGUUCCACAUCCUCCGAAGAAACUCACGAAGAAAACAGCGAAAUAUACAUGCAAUUAAAGAAAAACAGUUCAACCGGUUGUGUGACCGCUCGUGUCAACGUCAUCGAAAAGGAUGGAAAACACUGUUUCUCCGUUCAUCCUCAACCAAUGUGCACGACUCAAUGUCACUCCGAAACCACAAAACCUAGAACAGGUGAAUUUUUAUGUGUUGAAAAAUCCAGUACUACCAACCACUGGCAACAAAUGAUCGCACGCGGUGCCAACCCAGACUUCAGAAACAAAGGAAAAACCACAUUCAUGGAAUACCCAUCACCAAUUAAAUGUGUACAAAACUAA